CCUCUCGUUGCCUGGCGUUACUUACCUCUCGCUGUCCGAUUUACGUUAACGUGUUGCCCUUCUAUCACUCUUUACAACUCACGCAGAUUGUGCUGUUAUUUAUUUUUUUGAUUCAAACGGGCCAGUGGACUGUAUGCGCAUCGUAGGUUCUCUGGUUCGCUAUAUGGGACGUUCAAGCAUUGUGCACGCGUCUACGCGUACAUUUGGACGCGUACUUGAUUAUUGAAAUAACUGCAUGGAUGCACGAUAUUGCGUGCAUUCAAAGCCGCUAUGGAGCUUCAUCUUUUGCAUACGCAGCCUUGAUAUUGUCUGCUGAAGCUAUCAGGGACAUCAGACUCACUUCGUGAGCAUAUCGAUCCUUCAAGGAAAUGCAUUGGUAGAUCCUGAAUCACUUGCGGACCCUAUCUUCCUACGCACGUCUAACGUUUGGUCUCUUUAGGCCACCUCACGUACUGCCCUAUUUUCUAUGAUGUACUGAGAUUUAUGGAUUGAGUAAUAGGGCAAGACGGUAUGUGCACUCUCUAUGUAAUUCAGACAUGUCGUCCGUGCCUAUGUAACCUGAUAGAUGUUUGAAAUGGUAUGCCUGUUCCUCAGAGUUGUAAGACCAUUGGAGAUUUUUCAGGCUUUUUACCUCGAGUCCCCAUUUCCUGCUGACUCUUUUCCUUCACCUUGAGCUCAGACUCGGACCCAGAGUAGUCGGAUGCAAAUGAGAUCCGAUCGAAAUAUCAUGUGACCAGGCGCGUAUCAAGACAAUCCCCUCGUCCAGUGCGGGUUGAAACCUGAUGAGAACCGCUGUUACUCACCACGCUUUGCCUUUGCGCGAAGUGGAAGACGGCGCUGUGUCGUGCCACUUGCAUAUCGACGUGCUCUUUGAUCUCAUACAUGCCAAAGCGCAAGAGGAGUGGUCUGGACAAGCAAAGACUGGCAAGAAGAGAGCUGUUUCUCCCACCCCUGAGUCCCCUCGCAAGCGGCUGAAGGCGGACUCUACAGUUGACGCGAACGGAGCUGGCGCGUUGGAAGUUCACGAUGAUCGAUUAACGAUGCCAGUGUACAAACACACGUUUAUUCUGCAAUAUAACACCGUUCCAGCCUCGAAUGAUAUAGAUGGAGACGUUGACGAAGAUUGGCACAAGCAGGAGCAUGACUUCAAGCAAUGGUUGGAUGAACAUCGCGCUCGCGACAGUCCGCUUCACCUGGGCAGAGUUGCUGUUCAACGUGGUUUUGGCAACUAUGGAAGACUUGAAGUUUGCGCACGUGAAUAUGGCCCACAACUAUUCAUGCUACCACAGCUGGACACGCAAGCAGAUAUGACUGAUUACGAUAUUCGCUCGCUCCUUUUCCGCGACCCCCUCUUCGCGAUCAAACGAGCAGGGUGGGACCGAUUCUCUAUGGACGCACAUUUGAAGCUUGAGAUGCUCGAUCUCAGCAAGAUUGAUAAAGGAACGCUGCCGUUUCGGUUGCAUCUGGAGGUUGUAGUCUCGCUCCUCCUUCCAGGCGCUUGUAUGCCCUUUCAAUACGGGCGCUAUACUACGAAAGGACACUCUGCAGAUGAAGAGGAAGCACAUCGACGUGUCGUGACUUUCCUUUUUUGCCCAGAACAGCCCUUACCGGAGCAGUUCAAUGGCAAGGUGGACAUUCCUUUGCUAUUCUCUAUUCUGGGGCCUGCCCCGGCUCUUUCGUCGCAUCAGGCAGAUGAGGCCCUCCAGCCUCCUGCACUGGUGCCUACUCUGUUACCCUUCCAGCGUAGAAGUGUAGCAUGGCUACUGUCGCGUGAAGGAAAACGAAUCACUCCAACGGGGGACAUUGUUCCCCUCGAGCAGACUGAUGAUUCUAACCUUCCUUUAUUCUGGCAAGUUGUCACGUCGGAAGCUGGGCACAAGAUUUACGUCAAUCGUAUCAGAGGACAAAUCUCGAUAACAAGACCUGAUGAUGAUGAUCCUUUGGGUGGCAUCCUGGCGGAAGAACCCGGUUUGGGCAAGACUUUGGAAUGUAUCGCACUGAUUCUCUUGAAUCCAGCCGUCGGUCGGAACCCCACCACAAAGUCUUGGGACCCUGUAGCGAAGAUUGAUGUAAGAGAAGUACAGACUACUUUGAUCGUCACUCCAGCAUCCCUGGCACCUCAAUGGGCAGAUGAGUUGACGAAACACGCGCCGACCCUGAAGGUCCUGAUAUACGAAGGAUGGUCGAAGGUCAAGGUACCCAUAUCCGAAGCAGACGUUGAAGCAGCGCGUGAACAACGAGCAAAGACAAAGAAGAAAUCUAAGGCUCGAGCAGCUAGGGCAUAUGCUGCCACCAAAGGCAAAACGUUCAAGGGGCCGUCCGGCAGAGGUCAGGCCAAGCAAGCAGACGAUGACUCUGAUUUCGAGAUCGAGGACCCAGAAAUCGAUCAGGACGAAGAGGACGAUAUUGUCGACUGGUGUACUUACGUGAGCCGUUAUGAUGUUUGCAUCACGACAUACAAUGUCUUGCAGCAAGACCUUGGCGUCGCGAGACCUCCUCCUGUCAGACCUCGACGAGCGAACACGACGUACAAUAAUGUGGAGAGAUCAAGAAGUCCACUGAUCAUGUGCGAAUGGUACCGAGUAAUAAUGGACGAAGUGCAGAUGGUUGGGGGAGGCAGAGCUGAAGAAAUGGUCUCUCUCAUUCCUAGACUAUCCUCUUUUGCCGUGUCUGGAACUCCUGCUCGUGCGCAAAUAUCCGAUCUCAUUCAUGUUCUUAAGUUCCUUCGUGUAUCGGAAGUCAUCAGCUAUCCCCGUAUUUGGACCCGGUUGUUGAAGCCUGGCUUUGUUCAUGAGUUCGUGCAAUUGUUCAACAGAUAUGCAAUUAGAACCAUGAAAGCUACGGUGAAAGAUGAAUUGACAAUUCCUAGACAAACCCGAUACCUCGUCCCUAUAGAAUUGGGCCGCGUAGAGCGUCAUGUUUAUGACCAACAUUUCGAAAAGGCGUUGUUAGACCUUGGUUUAGAUGCGCGCGGCGUAGCGGUCACCGACGACUGGGAAGCCGAUACUGGUGUACUGCGCACAUGGCUACGCAAGCUCAGGGGUAUCUGUACUCAUCCACAAGUUGGUCAACUGUUGUAUCAGAAUGACAAACUGAGCAGGCCUGGCGUUCUCAAGUCGAUCGGCGAAGUUUUGGAGGGUAUGAAAGAGCAGAACUGGCGUAACUACAUGGAGGAUCGCCGCAACAAGUUACAAACGCACACACUCCUUGUACAACUGAAGCAGCACGACGAGGCCGAUUUAAAUCGUUAUCGAAAUGCAUUAGACAUCUUACUCUUCGCUGAGAAGGAAGCCCACAACCUUAUUGCUGACAUUCAGGAAGCACUUGAAGAGCAUGCUGCCAAGGGAAAAAUGCUAAAGACACAGGCACUUGAAGCCCAGACAGCCUUCGGACGAGACGUGGCCAAUCCUGAUGAUUCCGAGGAUGAUUCUAUGGAGGGUAAAGGCAAAAGCAGAGCUAGGGAAAGCACACCUUCCGAUAUCAGUAUGGAUUCCGAGGACGCCGAUGUUCCAAAGAAUGCUGCUGGUGAGGAGCAUGCGCACAAACGGCGUGCUUUGCAGCAGCGUCUGAGGGAGUGUCAGAUCUCGCUGCAUAAGGUAUAUUUCUUGAAAGGAGAUGUCUAUCACGUUCUCGGAGCCACAUUCUCAGACUCUGAAAAUGAUGCCUAUGCAUCUGCGGAGGAACUGCGGCGAUUGUUGUUGAAGAGUACUGAGGACGCGGCAAAGCGCGCCAUGGCACAGUUGGUUCGCGACGCAGCCAAGAAAGGAUUACAUGAAGACGAGCUCUUCAUCGAUGUUCCAUACUUCGACAAAGGAGGUAUCAGGUCGCAUGAGCUAAUGGAAGAAGCCAAUGAAAAGAUCGAUGAACUCCUUAACGAACAAUCUGCGCUACUCUGGAGAUGGCGAACACGCCUGAUCGGUCUUCUCACGCAAUCCCUCACUUCUGGAGAUGAUGACGCAGACGGUCAGGAGUACAGUCGCAGUUUGGAAACUCAAGGAGAAGCCGAGACCUACUUGCAGGCGUACGCGGCUCUAUUGGCUGACCGCCGAGAAGCUUUAACUUCUGAGCGUACCUUGCUGGCUGCUCAUGACGUAAAAGAAAAGAAAGCUCGAUUGACGAAGGCAGCGAAAAAAGCUGCUGCCGCUGCAUUGGAAGAUGAAGUACUCAUGCAGAUCGGUGACAUCGAUCCUCAGCCUGAGCAUCAAGUGCUCCAGCAGCAGUUAAACGAAGAACGGAAACACCUCUUGGAAGACUUCAAUUCAAGCAGGGCACUCCGAUCAGUAAUGGUCGACUUGAAUAACGUUGCAGCACGUAUUAUCAAAGACGAAGACCCAGAGAAAAUCAUUGCUAAGGAUGCUGCUAGCCGGCUUCGACAACUGCUCUUAGAACAAGCCAAAAUGAUGGACAAGCUACAAGCCGAUCUCACUUUAUUACGCAAGGCAUUCAAUGAGCGUAUAUCUUAUUUCCGUCAACUGCAGGAACUUUCGGAUACCGUUGCCGAAGCCGAGUGGGAAGGCACGUUGGCAGAAGCCAUUGCUAGGGCCCAGCUUGAGCGUACAGUACUCGAGGUCAGAAUCGUCACUGGUCGUGCUCGACAACGGUAUCUCGAUAACUUGGCCAAGUCUCAAGAGGAGGGUGCCACCUCGGAGGAUGAUGAAUGCUGCAUUCUCUGCAAGUGCGAGUUCUCCAGAGGUUAUAUCACACAAUGUGCUCAUGUCUUCUGCGAGUCGUGUAUGAAAGCCUGGCUUGAACGCAAGGAAGGCAAAGCAUGCCCUGUUUGUCGUGUAGCCAUCCAGCCGGACCAGCUGCAGCGCUUUGCCGUCGCCGGGUCCGGGCCUCAAGCGCAGGCAACAGCACCUGUAAGGAUCGUAAACAAUGAGCCUGUGCCGAGGUCAAGACGAGAAAUCAAGUACAAUCUCAUCGACUCGGGUUUGUUCGACAGUAUUCAGAUGAUGGAGAGUCAUGGAAGUUACGGAAGCAAGAUAGAAACUCUUGUACGACAUUUGUUGUACGUUCAAGCUGCGGAUCCUGGGAGCAAGACCAUUGUGUUCUCUGCAUGGGCUGAUUCUCUUCAUAUUAUCGAGCAUGCCUUGAAGCACAAUGACAUACCCUGCCUUCGAAUCGACCAGAACUCUUCGAAACAGAACGCUGCGAAGAAGUUCCGGACUGACCCCGCAAUCCAAGUAUUGCUUCUUCAUGGUGAGCGAGAGAAUGCCGGUCUGAACGUCACCUGCGCUUCCCGAGUAAUUCUGGUGGAGAGUGUCGUAAAUCAUGCAUUCGAGCUUCAAGCGAUAGCCCGCAUUGACCGAAUGGGUCAGACCAGACCUACAGAGGUCUAUUGCUACUAUGCCGAGGAGACAGUUGAGAGGAACAUCUUAGAUUUGGCAGCUCGCCAAGGACUUUCUCUCUAUACUGAGGACAAAUCUGCUGGUACACUCGACGUCGAACCAUUAAAAGCUGCUAUGCGACCAAUGGAUAAGAACGAGGUGGACGCGCCGACGAAGAAGGUUCAGAAGGGUGACUUCGUAUUCAAAACCGACGAUAUGUUGGCUAUCUUUUUCCCGCAUCUGUUCGAGGAUAUUGAGUAUCUGAUAACGCCUGACGACACUGAGGCACGAUCUUCCCGACAUACUCGUUUCGAUAAUGCGGUGGCCGGACCAUCGAGGCUCCCCUAACACUGUCAUCAUGUUUUCGUGGUAGUAGUAACUAGCAAGGCAUGUAGUUUAUGUUCACAGUCGUGUUUAAAGGACAUUUUGCUUCAACCUACGUUUGCAUAGAGCGAGUUAUAAUAUGUACAUAGUAUUUAGGGGUAUUGAUGCGGGUAAUGGCAAGGUUAUUGCCUAUAUUGGGACUUUGUGCUCUUGCCAACGUCUUGAAUC